GUAUCUUGGCUCUCAAAUAUCUGAUCAUGUCCCAGACACACCAAACAAGCUUUCGGAGGAUAUGAUGAAGUGUAUUUCUGUUAUAUAUUGCAAGCUUGCAGACCCACCAUUGAUCCAAAACAGUAGUUCAUCUCCCAAUUCAUCCAUGUCAUCAGCUAGUGUUUUUUCCCCACAAGAUCAGCAUGACAUGUGGAGUCCAGGGUUCAGAAAUAAUUCAUCUUUCGACGUACGGUUAGAUAACCCUUUCCACAUCGAAGGACUCAAAGAGUUUAGCGGACCAUAUAGCUCAAUGCUUGAAGUGCAAUGGAUUUUAAGGGAUAGUAAAAAGAUGGCUGAUGUUGAAAACUUGCUACAAAAUUUCAGGUCUCUUAUCUGUCGACUGGAAGAAGUCGACCCAAGGAAGUUGAAACAUGAAGAGAAGCUAGCGUUCUGGAUAAACAUACACAAUUCAUUAGUGAUGCAUGCAUUUCUGGCUCAUGGUAUUCCACAAAAUAAUGUGAAGAGAUUCUUUCUACUUUCGAGGGCUGCAUAUAACAUUGGGGGUCACACCAUCAAUGCAGAUACAAUACAGAGUUCCAUCCUUGGGUGUCGUAUGUCUCGUCCUGUACAGUGGCUCCGAUUAUUAAUUUCUUCGAGGACAAAGUUUAAAACUGGAGAUAGAAGGCAGGCAUAUGCAAUUGAACAUCCAGAACCACUUCUACACUUUGCUCUUUGUUCGGGAAACCAUUCCGAUCCUGCAGUCCGUGCCUAUACACCGAAGAAAGUAUUUCAAGAGCUGGAAACUGCAAAACAAGAGUACAUCAGAGCCUCAUUUGGUGUCCGCAAAGACCUGAAAAUUCUGUUACCAAAGAUCGUAGAAUCAUUUGCAAAGGACUCAAGUUUAUGUCCAGCUGGCCUCAUCGAAAUGCUCCAACAAUCUUUGCCUGAAUCCCUUCGUAAAAGCAUCAGAAAAUGUCCAGUAAACAAAUCCCGCAAGAGCAUUGAGUGGAUUCCUCACAAUUUCACCUUCAGGUAUCUAAUAUCUAAAGAACUCGUAAGAUGAUUGCUUGUAUGCAUUGAUGGCAUGGAGCUCGAGCAUGAUGAAAUAGACUAUUUUCCAUUUUGUAAGAUUUCAAAUUUUCCCUGUACAAAGUAGAAAUAGGGUAUAUUCCGUGACGUAAAUGUUAUUACGCUGUGUAGUGCAAUGUGCAUUAAGGUUUGUAUACAGUUUUGGUAUGAGCUCUUCCUUAGAAAUCAUUUCAAGCAUCCAUUUAUUCAUGCACGCAUGGCUC